GGUAAGCCAAUCGAGUGUGYGCGAGGAGCUGUCAAUCAAGUUAAACAAUUGGUUGUCAGGUUGAGCAGUAUGUUCGGUAUCAACAGUACUCGAUCAUCCAGCCAGUAGAGUGUGUGUGAAUCAUCAUGCUGGUCAUUUGAAGGCUUACUUACUCUACCAAUAUGGCGAAUUGCUGUACUAAAAACGAACAGUCGGAUAAUUUAACGAUAAACUUAGAGGGAGAUAAUACUGGGCAUCUAAUAGAAACCUGGUUGGAUGAGCAUCCGGAGUUCGUUCAGUCGUACUUCGCCAGGAAAGCGAAUCGUACCUUGAUUGAUUCAUGGCUUCAUUCGCGGUCUCAUGUACGGACUCCGAGUGGAACUCCGCCGCCUUCGGGGAGUUCUACACCAGCAAGAAAGAUUUCAGCUUCAGAAUUCGAAGGGAGAGGAAUUCUGAAACCAAUAAUAAGUCUUGUCGAUGGACAACCAAGCUUUCUUUCUCCAAAUGAACCCRUAAGAACACGUUCACCUCAUAGGAACCGCAAGUCUCGCUUGGAGUUACAACAGCUCGACGAGAAAGAAGUACUCAUGGAGCUUGUAAAGGAUAUAGCAAACGAUUUAGACGUUCAAAGCCUUUGUCAUAAAAUUCUACAGAAUGUUAGUUUACUUGUAAAUGGUGAUCGAUGCUCGCUUUUUCUAGUCCAAGGCCCUAAAGAAGGGCCUCGAUAUCUGGUGUCAAAAGUAUUCGACGUUAAUGCCGAGUCUAAACUUGAAGAUGUACAGGAGCUUGAAGAAAUACGAAUACCACUAGGAACUGGAAUUGUUGGUUAUGUUGCAGAAACUGGAGAAGCAGUCAACAUUGCAAACGCAUACGAGGAUGCUAGGUUUAAUAAAGAAAUUGACAAGAAAACAGGAUAUAAAACUAGAAGUAUUUUAUGCAUGCCAAUCAAGGAUCAUGACGGAGAGGUGAUCGGAGUUGCACAGGUCAUCAACAAGACAGACAAUGACUCAAGUCAAGCUUUUACACAAGAAGAUGAAAAGAUUUUUUCCAAGUAUUUAGUUUUUUGUGGAAUAGGAAUCAAUAAUGCAGAGUUAUAUGAAAGAGCACAGUUAGAAAUCARAAGAAAUCAGGUGUUACUGGACCUGGCAAGGACGAUAUUUGAAGAGCAGACGUCAUUGCAUAAUAUUGUUCAUAAAAUCAUGAUGAUUACACAGACAUUGUUACAGUGUGAAAGAUGUUCUGUGCUACUAGUAGAUCCCACAUCAAAGACUCUGUUCUCACAGGCCUUUGAUUUAGAAGCCAAGGAUUAUGUACAAAAUGAUGUUUCUGAUAAAUCAGUGACAGUGAAACAGAGAUCCUGUAGUAACAAACGAGUUAAGUUUCCAAUCAACAUUGGUAUUACUGGAUAUGUUGCCACAACUGGACAGACAUUAAACAUACCAGAUGCAUAUGCAGAUAGUAGAUUUGAUCCCUCAAAGGUGGAUGAAGCCUCUGGUUUUAAAACCAAAACGAUACUGUGUAUGCCGAUUAAGAAUGGUUCUGGAGAGAUUAUAGGAGUUGUCCAACUGUUAAAUAAAGUGGAUGGUACAGCAUUCAAUAAAAACGAUGAGAAUUURUUUGAGGCCUUUGCAAUCUUCUGUGGUAUGGCAAUACACAGCACUGUAAUGUAUGAGAAUGUGAACAAGGCAAUGGCCAAAAGGAAGGUGGCUCUUGAGGUUUUGUCUUACCAUGCUGCCUCUCCCAUAGAAGAUGCGAUACAACUCAAAGAGCAAUCUCUUCCAAGUAUUAAUACGCUACGUCUUACAGAUUUUACAUUUGAUGACAAUAUAAUUAGUGAUGAGGAUACAUUGAAAGGUGUCCUGGCCAUGUUCACAGACCUGCAAAUAGUUCARACGUUACAUGUAGAUUAUCAGGUUCUGUGUAGAUUUGUUCUGACAGUCCGCAAGAAUUACAGACCAGUAAUGUACCACAACUGGCGACAUGCAUUCAAUGUAGCACAGACCAUGUAUGCCAUGCUGAAGAGGGAAUCCAUUGGGCCGCAUUUCUCAUAUGUUGAGCAGUUUGCCUUAAUUGUAGCAUGUUUAUGCCAUGAUCUUGAUCAUAGAGGAACAAACAACUCAUUUCAAAUCAAAAGUGCAACUCCAUUAGCCCAGCUUUAUUCCACAUCUACCAUGGAACACCACCACUUUGAUCAGUGUAUCAUGAUUCUAAAUAGUCAGGGCAAUGAUAUAUUUGGCACAUUAUCCRCUGAAGAAUACAACUCCAUCAUUAAAAUACUUGAAGCAAGCAUUAUAGCAACAGAUCUGGCUCUGUACUUCCAGAGAAGGGGUGAAUUUUUCAAGAAAGUAGAAUCCAAACAGAUCAGAUGGGAUGAGGAUACUAACAAAGAUCUCAUCAGGGCAAUGUUAAUGACAGCAUGUGACUUAUCAGCCAUCACUAAACCAUGGCUUGUCCAGAAAAGGACGGCUCAUUUGGUUGCUGAAGAAUUCUUUCAGCAAGGUGACCUGGAACAAAAAGAACUUCAUUCAACACCACCUCCAACAAUGGACAGGCGUAAGAAAGAUGAACUACCACAGAUGCAAGUUGGUUUUAUUGAUGCAGUCUGUCUACCCCUUUAUAAGGCAUUAGCUGACUUUGACAAAAGUUUAGCUCCACUAAAAGAUGGUUGUCGUGAGAACAGAAGACACUGGCAAAAGAUGGCAGAGGAUCACAAGGCCAGAGAGAUUGAUUGUGUGUGGAAGAAAAGAUAUUAAAAACAAGGGGCCAAAGGGUUGCUGUGGUACUUGAUACAUUAAUUAUUCUCGACAUGAUGACAGCCUAACUAUGGCCAUCAGAAUUUCAAGGGGUGGAUAUAUACUUUCCACUAUGUAGAUACUUGAUAGAAAUGUACAUUCCGAAGCAAGUAAUAUUGUACAGUAUACCAGUAUAUAAAUAAGUGGUCAUUAUCAUUUAUUUCCUUUUUGUCAUUUGCUUCAUCAAGCGACAUUCUAUUAUAUAUUAUUCUUUUCCUUGACUCAUAUGCUGCCAGGAUAAUAGAGCUGAGUAAAGGCCUGAUUUAAAGGUUUGCAAAAUGUGCUGUAUAUAAGUGGCUAUAUACCAUGCCUCAAGUGGGCUAGCAAGCAUUUCUAAGAGGGGGUUCCGAUUCUCGAAAUGUUGAAAAAUGUUAUUGCCAUGUAGUGUGUGCAUGCAAAAUAUCCAUAUUCUAAUGCAAUUUGUUUUCAACCCAUAACUUAUAAAAGGUGUUGCUUAUACCUGGAGUCAUCAGACCAUGUACGGCAUGAAUGUACGGCAUGAAUGUUUAUGCUUCUCGGCUUAAAUCAUGCAUUGAGUAUGCACUUAUAUUUGGAGGAUAAACUAUUAAAGAAGUCAAUGAUGAGAGACCUAGCUGUUACCUUGGAAACAAGUCAUUGAUAUUGAUAAUGUUCUGGUGGUGUAACGGUUGUAAAUGAGAAUGCAUAUAUACUCAUUAUAUUCCCAUAGAUUGCCAUGGUGAUGCUUGUUGUUACAGACAUAUAUCACUAAAAAAAGGAAUAUCAUAAAACGACAUAUCAUUACUUUACCAAAACAAGAAUUUAGUAAUAUAUCAUUACUGUACAUUAUAUUAUAUUCACCCAUCGCUGGGAUGGUAAACUUUUUAAGCAUUUUCUUUUCUGUGUUUGUAAACCUGUUCAAAAUCUAGCCAUUAAAAUUAACACAAGAUGAUUCAAGUCACUCCGUCUGUGAUCUUGAGAAAUACUCCAGCAUGUCRGAGGUUCUUGAGUUAAGUUUAGAGCUUGCUCAGAACUGCAAACUUUAGGUGUAUCAACUCUGAACUUUCCCAAAGUCCGCCUUACUCUGUAUAACUUUGUUGAAAUAGAAACACUCUCAUGGGAUACAAGAGAGGUUAACUCAGGGCAAGUCUACUCUGGCAGCUAUAAACUUGGAGAAAAUAAAUAUCUUCAGGAACUAUAGGUGUGAACAAUACCAGAACCAAUCUAUUAACUAUUCUAACCUUAUUGAAUACUGACCACCAGCUAUGUGAUUUUUAGACUCAAAACAAAUAAAAGACUGUUUCAUUUUAAGA